AUGAAGUACAACGCCUUCGCCCUCCCUGCCCUCGCGGCCACCGCCGAUGCUCUGCUAUCCCUCAACGCAGACAUCAAGCUCCCCCUGGGCAUCGAGCUUCCCAUCAAUCUUGACAUCGGUCCCAAGGGUAACCCUCCCGCGGACUGCAUUGAUGUCUGGCACCCUCCUCACCAUGGUGUUGACAUUGAUGGUUGUGACCAUGAUGAUGAUGAUGGUUGGCAUUGGGUUCACCCUGGAAAACCUAACCAUCCUGACCAGGGCGAGUAUGUCUGGACUACCAAGACUAUCACUCAUGUUAACACCGUCGUUGACUGCCCGACCAAUGUCCCUCACUGCCCUGGUCGUUACGCCUCUGCUGUGGUCCCUGAGACGACCACCAUCUGCCCUGUUCCUGUGAAGACGGGUUACACGGCUCCAGGCAAUGGCGAGGAGUACCUUCAUCCCCCCCAGACGAAGGAUUAUCCUCACCCCGUCCAGACCAAGGUCUACCCCCAGCCUACUGGAUCCAACGGCUAUGAGCCCGCCGCCCCUUACUACCCCCCUGCUCAGACGGAUGACUGCCCUGAGUCUGUCGAAACCGAGGCUUAUCACCAGCCUGGCCAGAACACUGGAUACCCUUACUCUGGGCAAGGAAACGCUUAUCCUCAGCCAAGGAGCUACGAGUACCCCGUUCCCGGCGAGACGAACGAGUACCCUGAAGUCCCCGAGCACAACGAGUACCCUGAAGUCCCUGAGCACAACGAGUACCCUGAGCCUGCCGAGACUGAGGAGUAUCCCCAGCCUGCUGUGACCAGCGAGAUUGAGGAGUACCCUGAGCCCCAAGAAACUGAGGAGUACCACGAGCCUGAGGAGAUGGCUGAGUACCCUGAGCCUAUCGACACCGAGUAUCCUGAGCUCAGCGAGACCAACGAGUACCCUGAGCCUACCAAGGGCUACCCCGUGACUUCUGAGGAGCCCAUCUACACUCACCCGGCCGAGACCACUCCUUGCCCUUCCGACAAGGCUACCAAGCCCGUCUACAGCUCCCCUCAGCCCCCCGCCGAGACCGCCGAGCCUGAGCAUCCUACCUACGAGAAGCCCGGAUACACAGCUGAGGAGACGUCUACUCCCGUCGAGCACCCCGUGUACACCAAGUCUGUCCCUGCUGAGAAGCCCACAUAUCCUGCCGGCGAGACUCCUGUGUACACCCCCGUGCAGCCUGUCCCUACCGGCGAGAAGCCUGGUUACGUCCCUGAGGCCCCCGAGACUCCUUCUGCCGAGACUUACACUCUUCCUGCUGGACAGCCCGAGUACCCCAUCCACCCUUCUCCUUCUGCCGAGACUGGCGCCUACCCUCCCCCUCCUCCCGGCAGCCCUACUACUGAGGUUCCCGCCUACUGCCCUGGCCCUGGUUGCCCCGCGCCCACCACUGUCGGUACCAUCCAGACUCCUGGCUACGCUACCCCUACCGCGCCCGUUAUCGUCGGUGCUGCUGCCCGAAGUGGCUAUGGCAUCGCUGGCGUUGUUGCCGCCGUUGCUGCUGCCGCCGUUGCUCUCUUCUAG